AUGGGCGCCCCCCCUGAAGAGCCUCCGGAGCUCUGGGGAAGGAUCCGGACCUUCUUUAGAACAAUCAAGUGCUUGCUCGACAAAUCCGAACCCUCGUCCCCAGCCCCUCCGCCAGCCCCGACCCGGAACGUGGGAUGCACACACGUGUACGGCUAUGUGUUUGGGCACAUACCUGAGAGCCAGGUGGAUCGCCUCCCAGCACAGCAGGUGCUGGACACUGGCGAGCGGCUGAUGGUCCCUGUGGAGGUCCUGGAUGUGGGCAAUGAGGGCGCCUGGUGGAAAUUCCUGAUCUCAGGGGCUGUGGCUGGGGCUGUGUCUCGUACUGGCACUGCGCCUCUGGACCGGGCCAAGGUGUACAUGCAGGUCUACUCCUCCAAGACCAACUUCAUGAGCCUGCCCGGGGGUCUACGGAAAAUGAUCCAGGAGGGGGGCUUCCGUUCCCUGUGGCGUGGCAACGGCAUCAACGUGCUCAAGAUUGCCCCUGAGUACGCCAUCAAGUUCUCGGCCUUCGAGCAGUGUAAGAACUACUUCUCCAGCGAGCGCAGGACUCCUCCCUUCCAGGAACGCAUCCUGGCGGGCUCCCUGGCUGCAGCCAUCUCCCAGACACUCAUCAACCCCAUGGAGGUGCUGAAGACUCGGCUGACGCUGGGCCGGACCGGGCAGUACAAGGGGCUGAGGCACUGUGCCCGGCAGAUCCUGGAGCAGGAGGGACCUCGCGCCUUCUACCGCGGCUACCUGCCCAACAUGCUGGGCAUCAUCCCCUACGCCUGCACUGACCUGGCCGUCUAUGAGAUGAUGCUGCACUUCUGGCGGAGGUCAGGCAGGAACAUGGAGGACCCCAGCGGUCUGAUGGUCAGUGUGUCAUCUGUGACACUAUCCACGACCUGUGGCCAGAUGGCCAGCUACCCACUGACCUUGGUGCGCACCAGGAUGCAGGCGCAAGACUCUGUGGAGGGCUCGAACCCCACCAUGCGUGGAGUCUUCCAGAGGAUUCUGGCCCAGCAAGGCUUGCCGGGGCUGUACCGAGGAGUAACCCCCACGCUGCUGAAGGUGCUUCCCGCUGGCGGCAUCAGCUACCUGGUGUAUGAACUCAUGAAGAAAACUCUAGGUGUUGAGGUGGCCAGCUAG